CCACGUAGGGUUGGACUUGGCGGCAUCGUUUAGGGUUUUGAGGGUUUUUGAUUUCGGCGCAGAGCUUCAGAGCUAUCAACAAUGGUGGAGAAGACGGGUCGAGGAAGAAAAGAAGAGGUGGUCACCAGAGAGUACACCGUCAAUCUUCACAAGCGACUCCAUGGAUGCACAUUCAAAAAGAAGGCACCAAAUGCCAUCAAAGAGAUUCGGAAGUUUGCUCAGAAGGCUAUGGGAACCACUGACGUCAGGGUCGAUGUGAAGCUCAACAAGCACAUUUGGAGCCGGGGCAUUCGAAGUGUGCCAAGGAGGGUUCGUGUACGCAUUGCUCGCAGAAGAAACGAGGAGGAAGAUGCUAAAGAGGAGCUAUACUCUCUGGUAACAGUCACUGAGGUUCCACCAGACGGUCUCAAGGGAUUAGGCACCACAGUCAUCGAUGCAGAUGAUUGAAUCAUAUAGCCUUCCCUGAGUAGAUUUUUGGUAAUUCAUUUUGUUCCAAGUCUAUUUCACCGCAAAGUCUGGUUAAUUUUUAUUCCAAUGUUUCACUUUGAAAUGGAGACACAGUUAAAGUAACUUAGAUUUACUCCAUUCUAUCCUUGUUCAUUAUGAGGUGGCCAUUAUUGUUUUCUGGUGGCAUCACGAGAGCAUCUAUAAUAUGAGAAAUACUUAAUAUUCUUGUUUCCUCAUAA